AUGGUCGCCUCAAAUGCCAUUGACUACUACCACCAGACGUUAGAGAACGUCCGUUUCUUCUCUCCUGAACAUGCAGAAGUCUGCAUUGUCACGGCCAAGGAUCCGAUGGGCAUGUUCAAGGCUGUCGUCAUGCGUGCCAAGGGCAAGACCCGUACUGCCCUCCUCUCUGAGACGGCCAGCUCGAUGCCCGAGGCCCUUCGUCGCCUGCACCACAAGUCCGCCGAAGCAGUUCACAACCACAUGACCACGUACGGCUGUGACUUUGUCCGCGAGAGCAAGAAACGCUCCAAGAAGGGGCGGACCGCCGACAGCUCUGACGACGAGUCGACCGUCGACGACGACAGCUCUAGCGACUCCUCGGAGGGGGGCUCGAUCGUGUCUGGGUUCAACUUCUCCAAGGUUGGCCUCAAAGGAGCCCAGUCUGAUGACGAUGCUCAUGACUCUGAUAGCUCUGGCGACGAGGGGACAAGCAGAGCACAUGACGUGCGCACCGGGAGAGCCAAGGCACGUGGUAGAGGGAUCUAUUCACGGAGCCGGUCCUCAUCCGUCGACAUUGUCGGCCAAGGUGAGGCUAUGGACAACAUGAUUGACCGGAGUGCACUCCCUACAGCACCCCAUUUCGCCAGCGGCCCCAAUCCUAUGCUUCGGAAGCCACUCUCGCCCCUCCCCCCUGGAGGGAGAAUGGUUCCACCGCCGGUCUGGCACGACCGUAUGAGGCAGAUGGCCAGCGAUGCCAAGAUGCCGACUCCUCCGAGCAGUGACGUCUCGCCCUUCACCAAGUUCACCCCGCCGAAUGCUCCUCCCAUGGGCAUGCGCCACUUCCCGCCGACGAUGCCACCGCUGGGUCCGGAGCGAGCGCCGCCAAUGCUGGCGCCGCCGCCGCCGCCCCGUGACGUCAAGCUACACCUGAUAUGGCCUUCGUACGGAGAGGCCCGCGUGAUCGAGCACUGCGAGCCCUCGCGCCGCGUCCUCGAGGCCGUCGCGGCCCGGUGCGUGACCGAGCAGAAGGCCAGCUUCGGCAUGGCUGCCGUUCCGGCCUCGAGCUUGAGGGCGACACUUCGCCAUGUGCAGCUCGGUAACGAGCGGUAUAGCCUCUCCAGCUUCAGGGGAGAAGACCUUUCCAGCCUCUUCGACUCUGCGGGCGGUGAAAAGGGGAGCGCCAUGCCGCUGUUCGAGGUUGAGAUUGAGAGGCUUUCUCCUUUCCCCAUGGCGCGUCCCUGGAUGCGAAACAUCGAGGUCAUCAACAUUGACCCUUCUCCCAAGUCAAGCAAGGCCAAGAGCAAAAAGAUAGACAUUGUGGAUAAUUGA